AGUGCCACCUUUUUUAUCCACAUAUCGACGAUAAAUUUUUUAUUUUAAAACGCGCCUGCAACGUUCCUUUAGGAACGACCGCCCUGAUGCAAAAGGGGUUUGGGUGCCAUUGAAUACUGAAUACUGAUAAAUACUGGACAGUAGAUGGGGCGACGAUUGAGUGUCAUGGCGGCGCCCACGUGUGUUACUGUCGAAUGCGGGCAGCGGGCAUGCGUUCGUCGAGGUGGCCAAGCGAAGAAAACUACCCCACGGACUUUCUGAUCGUGCACUGUGUCGCAGGGUAACAAUAUUGAUCGCACAAUAUACUCAUACUUUGUGUCAUGUCACACGUUACUUGUCCAUAUAAGAACGCGUCGUUAGUAAACCAGUGAAUGCUUGACUGAGUACCCGGACGACGAAUCCGACACACUGUCGUCUGUUCAGCUUCUUCAACCAUGAAAGGACACCAGAAAAUAGACGAUGAUCGCUUCAAGCAUAUCGCCACGGACCCCCGCUUUCGGGGAGUUCCCAAGUCGCAGCGGAAAGUCAAGAUCGACGACCGCUUCGCCGGAAUGUUCGACGACAAGCGCUUCAAACUCAAGUACGUCAUGGACAAGCGGGGUCGUCCCAUCCAUCGGACCACUUCGGAGGACCUCAAGAAGUACUACGCGGUGUCGUCGUCUGGCUCAGAAAAUGACGACGACGAAGAAGCAGACGAUCGCUCCGAUCAGUUAGCAGACGGACCCGCUGAAGCCGUAGCAGACGAACUUCCUGGACCGUCAAAAUCCGGACAGAAACAAACCAAGGCCAAGCGCAAUUUAGAUGUAAAACUUCGCGUUCCAAGCACAGAUGAUGUUGGGGACGAAACUGACGACGACGAUGACAGCGCAGUUGAAAGUGAAGAGGAAUCCGAGCAGAGCAGCGAUGACGGGGAAGAGGAACAGGAGCGAGAUCCUUCUCGUGGAGUCGGCAACAUCGAGACCAGUUCCGACGAAGACGACAGUGGCGAUGAAUCCGGAGAGGACAGCGAGCCGGACGUCGGAUGGGGAGAGCUGGAUCGGGACGCUCCGAAAGGCGACGACGUGACGCGGCGCCUGGCGCUGUGCAACCUGGACUGGGACAAGCUGAAGGCGCAGGACCUCUUUGUGCUUCUCCACUCCUUCCUGCCCCCCGGCGGUGCAGUGAAGGGCGUCACCAUCUAUCCCUCGACGUUUGGCAAAGAACGCAUGGCGCAGGAGAGCGUUAGCGGUCCGUCAGGGCUGGUGGAAUCCGCACCGAAGAAGAAGGCCAGCGCCGGGAGAGGGGACCAGACAAACGGUGGGGAGCGGUUCGACCGCGAGGCCCUCCGCAAGUACCAGCUGGACCGGCUGCGCUACUUCUACGCGGUGGCCGAGUGCGACAGCCCCGAGACGGCAGAUCACCUGUACCGGGAGCUGGACGGACGGGAGUACGAGACCAGCGGCACCUGCCUCGACCUCCGCUUCGUGCCAGACGACAUGACCUUCGACGACGAGCCGAGCAGCGUGGCGGACAGCCUUCCCAACCCGUCAACCUACACCCCGAUCAGCUUCGUGACCUCGGCCCUGCAGUCGGUCAACGUGGAGCUCACCUGGGACGAGGGAAACCCCCGCAGGUCCCAGGCCAUCCAGAGGGCCUUCCAGGGGGACGGGGACGCAGUCGGGGACGACCUCAGGGUCUACCUCGCCUCCUCAUCUUCCGAGGACGAGGAAGAGACCGAGGAGGCCGGAGAUACUCGGGCCGGCGGCAGAAAGAAGCAGACGGCCGAAGCGCAGAUCCAGAAGUAUCGCGACCUGCUCAAGAGCCUAGACGGGGGCCCCAAGGAAGAGGAGAAGGCAGAUGACGUAGAGAUGGAGGUCACCUGGAAUCCAGACCUCCACAAGCAAGUGGAAGACAUGGUGAAGAAGAAGCUGGAGCAGCCAGAGGGGCAAACUCCGUUUACGGAGUUCCUCCAGAAGAGGAAAGAAAAACACAAGAUGAAGAAGGCUCUGAACAAGAAGGCAGACGCCGGCGAGAACGGUGAGCAGGCGGCAAGCGGCGCAGACGACAACGACGACGUUCAGCAGGCGUUCUCGGACGACGACAUACCUUCCGACGUCGACGUCAACGACGACUUCUUCAAGGAGGAGUUGGAAAGCCGGAAAGCUGACAAAGGAGGAGGUGCAAAGAAAGCAAAGGGAAACAAGGCCAAGCCGGGAAAGAAGCAGGCUCCUGUAGGCGACAUCGAAGCAGAAAAAAGCAAGCAGGCAGAGCUGGAGCUCCUGCUGAUGGACGACGAGGACGACGGGCGGCAGCACUUCAGCCUCCAGAAGCUGCUCGACGAGAACCAGGGCUCCAAGCGGAAGAAGAAGAAGGGCCGCAAGGAGGGGAACGCGACCGAGUCCUCCGCGGAGACCGCCUUCCAGAUGGACCUUGCGGAUCCUCGGUUUUCGGCGCUGUACGAUUCGCACCACUUCAGCAUCGACCCGACCGACCGCCACUUCAAGAAGACCAAGGGAAUGGACGCGCUCCUGACGGAAAAGCAGAAGAGGAGGCUGGCAGAGCCGUCCGCCAAGCCGACCCAAGCCAAGAAGCCGAAAGUGGAAGAAGCCGGGGAGCCACAGCCAGAGACAAAGCCAGAGACAAUGUCGAGCCAGCAGUCGCUGGCAUCCCUCGCGAGUUCGGUCAAGUUCAAGUUGGACGAAAGAAUGAAGAGCAGAAAAAAGAAGUGAACACUCUUCUAUUAUUUUUCGCUGGCUAUAAAAGAUUGUACAUAGUU